UACAUUAAAUAUGAUACUUUACUCUGAGAAUUUUUGUGUUUUAGUUUGCAUACAACUAAGUAAAAUAUGGGUUUGAUUUUGUCUACAUUGUCAAAUUAAAGGAAAUUUGAGCUUUAUUUUACCGUAAAAGCUUCCCUUUCAACUCUCCUAGUAGAUAGCCUCAAGGGAGCCUUGAUUUAAUCUGCAUGAGGCUAUAACAGUCCCUCUGUGGGAGCUGAUGUUACCUUUUGAAAUGUCGUACACACACACUACUUGUUUGUUUUGGUGUUGUCACAUCACUUAACUCCAGUACCCGCUGUUUUUCUGUGUGUCUUUCAGCGUUCACCAUGAUGAUUAUCCUGGCUCUGAUCCGUAUUGGUAAAGGCCGGGGCGAAGGCCACCCCCGUAUYGCCCAGAUCUCUGGYGUGCCAAACCUGUUUGGAGUGUGUGUCUACUCCUUCAUGUGCCAGCACUCCCUGCCCUCCCUGGUGACGCCCAUCUCUGAUAAGAGGCGUGUGGGUACCCUGGUGGUGUGUGACUAUGUCCUCAUCCUUGGCUUCUACGGCCUGCUCUCCUUCACAGCCAUCUUCUGCUURGACAGCUCCCUGCUGCACGACAUGUACACCCUCAACUUCACUGACAACUGUGACGUGCUGGACAUCCCCGCUUUGCGCUACUUCCUGGGCCUCUUCCCCGUCUUCACCAUCAGCACCAACUUCCCCAUCAUCGCAGUCACGCUGCGCAACAACUGGAAGACCCUCUUCCACCGRGACGGGGGCACCUACCCCUGGGUGGUUGACCGCAUCGUCUUCCCCCUCAUCACCCUGGUGCCGCCCAUCAUCGUGGCCUUCUGCACCCACAACCUGGAGUCCCUGGUGGGCAUCACGGGCGCCUACGCUGGCACGGGCAUCCAGUACGUCAUCCCCGCCCUGCUGGUGUACUAUGGCCGGCGCCACCUGGUGCCUAUGCUGGGCACGGACGAGGUCAACAAGCACCYGUCCCCGUUCCGCCACACCUUCUGGGUGUGGUUCGUAGUGGUGUGGGCUACCUUCUGCCUCAUGUUUGUCACAGCCAACAUCAUCCUGGAGGACACCAAGAAAUGAGAACACUGACUGACUGUGAAAGACCGGUUUCUCUGUAUCCCUGACUGAUGGGCCUGAUGGAAGAGCUCCGUCUCUGGUCAUCAGGAGACCGYUCUUGAGUUCAAACUCUGUACACAUACCACCCUCAUGUUUUACUGUUCACCACCAAAUCAUCAGCCCUUCAUCAGCUCCAUGUCAGCACCCGACUGCUCUCUGUUGAACUUUGACCCCAGAAAGUUAUCAAUGGCCACAGGAAAGUUUAUGUUGGCUACAUCACCAGGAGCCAACUGGUACGGUGCCUACUGUGCCCACAAAGACUCCUCUACAGUCGUCCCAGUAUAUCUCUUUUUGCAAUCACUGGUUUGCUCAUACCAUGAACUGCACUGUUGGUUAAGGUCUUGUAAGGAAGCAUUUCACGGUAAAGUCUACACUUGUUGUAUUUGGCGCAUAUGGCAAAUAAAGUUUGAUGUGAUUUUAACCAUCUGUCUCGUGCUCGCUCGUAACGAGAACUUGUCAGCUGGCUGAUUUUGUUGUCAGCUCUUUACUUGAGGUUUUAUUACAGUUUCCUGGUAGCUCAGUUUGAUCGACUAAUUAGAUGUUACUUCCAGACAUGUGGGAACAGCCUCUUCGCCCCGAGCUCUGCUCAUGCUGAUAUCCACAUUAUACGCUUCUGUCUCKUUGUCAUGUCCUCUGGUUCUAUAUAUCUAUAUAUCUCUGCUCUAUAGAAUAUAUAUUAUGUCCCAUUAUAGUCAUCAAGUUUGGAGCCCAACUACAGGAGUCAUACCUUUGUAAAACAGUACUGUUGUUGGGGAAUGUAAAGCAUGUUUUGUGGUGUAGGGUUCCAUAUUACGCGGUCACAUUUAGAAUAGUGGUUUUCUUUUAGUAUGUAAGUGCUAAAGUAAUAGCUAAAGUGUAUCGUUAGCUGCCUGUCAUGAGCACACUCUUCGUCAAAAAGGGAAAUACUUAUUACCAUUCAUGGUUUGCACCUGCAACAUUGCACAAGUUUGCACAUAAUUGCCUUGGGUUUUACCUUUUGUGUGUUUUACGUAGACUUUUGCAAAUGGUUUAUCAUGAAGAUGUUUGUAAGGGUUGAUGACUAUGGUAUUUAUCRAACAGUCUUCAAUGGUAUUCUUAACCCAUCAAUAUAUACAGCUUGACACUAUUUAAAAUGCAUUAGACUAAUAGUCAUGCAUUGUAGCAUAUUGAUGGCAGUACYGUAUUGUUGAGGACUAUUGAAUGAGAGACCUCUGCAUGUUGUUGGUAUUGUGUGUGUUAGGACAGAAAAAGAGUGCUGACUAUUUCUGUAACACUGCUUCUCUUCAAUKUUGGGUUCCUUCUGMUAAUUAUUACAUUACAUUUCUGCAUGCAGCUCCUUCCAAAAUUCUGUAGCCAGUAGUCAGUUGUUCCUUUAAGCCUCCAGAUUGUGAUGGAUAGUUACAAAUGUGCAAUAUGCUUUGAACUGGGUUGGGGAAGUAAGAUUUCAAGUGAACAUGAACUGUUUCUGAGAGUGUUUGUCUGUGUGUGUCAGUGUAUGUGUCACUUUGAAAAGAUUUAAAAUGUGUAUGUCUGACUCUUAUUUAGAGUUGUGAAAUGUGCCUUUUUCCCCGAGUUAUUGUUUCAAUUAAUUUGUUGACUGUUGUUUUUCCUGCCACAUCUUUGUUUUAAGCAGCCUGUCAGAUAAUUUAACUGGCUUACAUGCAGAUCCUAACUGACAACCAAUAUCUCCUCAAAAUAAACUGGGAUAUCCCUGUCUUCUAAAGUGUGGGUUCGCCUCGUCUUUGUGACUUUGAGACAGUUCUGUGAUUAUUAAAGAGAUAUAUGUCAUUAACAUUGUAAUUUCAGAACAUUUCCUUAAUAUAUCAACAUUUAAUAGUGGAAUGAUAGUUUUUCACAAUAUUUUUUCCAAAAUGUUUUUAUUGGGCCCACACAAAAUUAGCAUUCUAAUGGUGCAACCUUCUUAUUGGCCAACAAAAGAUGGACUGGCUCUUGUCAAAUUAGUUCUGAGUGUUUUUUAGGCUUUUUGAGGUUGGUUAGGUUUUGCACAUUUUUAAAACAAAUGCACUAUGUAUUAUGUGGGUUGAAUGCUGUAACACAGAAUAAAACAAUGAAUUAAAGUCCCAUGAUGGUAGACUGCCCCUUACUACAUAUAAUCUUUUAACCAUCAUUUAUUCACAUUACUUCAAUAAAAUAUUUCAGUCGUGUAUAAUACAUUAGCUCUAUUUGAUGACUUUAUUUCAUUCCAAGUCAUCUCAUCUAUAUAGAGCUGCUGU